CAGGUGCCAGGACGGAUGGCCAGGGCCGGACUCCUGCUGCUGCCCCUUCUCCUCUGCUUCGGGCCAGAGACCACCGGGAGCAUCGGGCUGGCUGCUCUCAGAGUGAUCGUGGAUCAUGUUAAUCUGAAUGGGGGAGUUAACAAGCAAUACGCCUUCGCGGCCACACUGCCCCACGGCACCUGCCGCAACCCCCAGGAUGUGUCCACCUAUCUGCCCCGGGACAAGCUGGCAGAAAUGAGACGGAGCAUUCGCCAGUUUGGAGACCUGUACAACCCCCCCGAUGGGAACAUAGUGGCCGCCCGUCCAAAGAACGUGGCCACUCUCAACAGGAACUACACGGAGCACAGCGAGUGGCGUCUGCUCCACGGAGAUCAGAACAGCCUCGUGGCCCAGCUGAAAAACAGGACCUUCGGCCAGAACAGCUGCCUGAUCUUAUUCAGCUUCAACUCGCCCUGCUCCACCAAGUGCCUGCGCCAGGCCGGGCGGGACAACAUCGUGCAGAUGACCAGCGACGCCUUCCGCCCCCUCGACAACAACUACAAGGCCUUCGUCUUCCAGCAAAUCUUCGACUACGAUCUGAAGAAUGGAGUGACCUGCCAGGGUCUGCUGGAUGCCUGGCACCGGCUGCGUAUGAUGGAGCGGAACUGGGAACCUGUCACCUGCUAA